AUGGUUGACCCGAUUACCGUAACCUACCGCGAGCGCAUCGCUGUGAUUACGCUGAAUCGGCCUGAGAAAUUGAAUGCUCUCGAUCAGGAUCUGUACUACCAACUCGGCGAACGUCUGCGCGAGAUCGAGAAGAGAGAUGAUAUCUCCAUCACCGUGCUCACAGGCACAGGGCGGUUUUUCUCUGCCGGCGCAGACGUAACAGCCUCCCGCCCCUCCGGUGCCCUCUCCUCCUCCGCCCGCCGCGACAUCCUCCGCAGCUUCGUCGCCAACAACGUCGACGUCACCCGCGCCUUCUACUCGCACCCCAAGAUCCUCGUCGUCGCGCUUAACGGCCCCGUCGUCGGGCUUUCCGCGGCCCUUGUCGCCUUUGCAGAUUUCAUCUAUGCGACUCCGCAUACAUUCCUGCUUACCCCGUUCUCCUCGCUCGGCCUCGUCGCCGAGGGCGGCGCAAGCCGCGCCUUCGUCGAACGAAUGGGCAUCUCCAAAGCAAAUGAAGCUCUCAUAAUGAGCAAGCGGAUAACAUGUCCCGAGCUCGAGAGCACGGGGUUCGUUAACAAAGUUAUUCCCGCGCCAUCCGGGGAGCAGACCGAUUCUCAGGGGUUUUUGGGUAAAGUGCUGGAAGAGGUAGAAGAGCGGUUGGGGAGUCAUUUGAACCAGAGCAGUUUGUUGAAGAUUAAGGAGUUGAUUCGGCGGCCGGAACGGGAGGUGCUGGAGAGGCAGAAUGGGAUUGAGGCGUUUAUGGGGUUAGAGAGGUUUUUGAGUGGGGUGCCGCAGGAGGAGUUUCGGCGGUUGGCUAGUGGGGAGAAAAAGCAUAAGCUGUAG